AUGGACGCCUUUGUACAGCGGCUUCCACGCCCUAAAUCACAGCCUCCCUCCAGAUCUCCCACGAGACCUUCGCCGCUGGGUGAAAGGCCUGCAAAGAAGGUCAAGGUCGAGAUAGCGGACAGCGACUGUGACGACGACGAUGAGACCAAGUCUUGCGAUGAGGAGGGUGACACCUCUGGCCUGACCAUCAAUAAUGUUUCUGACACUGAAGACGAAGUCAAACACCACACACGGCAGCCUGAUAUCGAGAGCACUUUGCCACCCAUUCAGGUGGACAAAGAAGCGAUUGAGGAAUACGAAUUGAUGAGGAGCUCCCAGGUCAGCGUUCCUGACGAUGAACCAUCAGCUGUACCUGAUCGCAAAUGGGCAAGGGGCAAGAGCUCGAUCUACGUGGAUGCGUUUAACCUUGCCUUGAGUACUGUCUUGGCAGACGAAUCCCAUUUAUUUGACGCCAAGGAAUGCAAAGUAUUCGAGCAAUGGAAGUCGCUGGACUACGAGGCCCAGUACCUGUACGUGCGCUUGUUCUUGCGUAAGACUUCCGCCUGGCAUCGUCAAGACCGGCUGGGAUACUACAGCGAUGUUUCGGACCCUGAAGCCGCCAUCGCGUCUCUGCAGAAAGUGAGAGAUCUUCCAGAGCCUGAUGCUCCCGCAUCCAGCAAUCCUGUCGAAGGCGUUGAUCUGGAAGAGUUUAGCUUGGACGAAACAUUCACAUUUGCCGAUGCUUCUGAGGAACACAUCACUACCAUCGAAGAGGCAGCCUCAUUGCUAAGCCUAGACGAGCUAAAAGAUCUCGCUAAAGAGGCCAAAUUCCAGGGACGCAAUAAAUCUGAUUUGGUGAAAGCGCUAUGUCGAACAGGCCAUCAGCAAACCGGUCUCUUCGCGCAUGGGCUACAGCGGUCUGGCAGCAGCGAGUCCCAGACUGCUCGAGGUCUGAUGAGAGAACGCCGCGAAACUCCCCCGCACCUCAGCAGACAGGACUCGAACCAGACACAACACUUUCUGGAAAAGAUUAGGAUCAUCACGGGCCCUUGCAUUAGGCUAUCGCCGCUAACAUACAAACUCUUCGAAAGGGUGCACCUGGUCUUCUAUCGGUCGACGGAGUGGACUGAGAAGUCUCUCACGGCAAUCAUCCUUGCUAGUAUUGCGCGCCGGAACUACCCUGAGUACAUCGUCUGCCGAAGUACAAACAUCUUUGCUUCUCGGAGGCAUGUUCUCGAGUUCGAGUCAGCAGUUCGCGUCGAAGCCGAGGUCGACCAAGUCCUAGAGUUCAACGGCUCGCCUGGUGAGGCAGGUCUUCGCAAGAUCGUGGAUGUCUUUGACCGCGUGUACCCUCGGUGGAAAAUACUUUUGAGAGAAGAGCAGGACAAGGAGAAGCGAGUAUACGAGGAGGGAGAAGGCGCUUAUUUGAGAAGAUUUACGCCUGUUCACUCCUACACGCGCAUUGUCCACAAGGCAGCAUAUGUGUUUGGAAAGCUGAAAGACCACGAACGCGAACACUCUAUCCUCACCGAACUCCUCGAGCAACAUCUAUUCCACCCUGCCAGGCGAGGCAGCUGGUAUCAACGAAAGGCUCUGUUGGAAGAACACUACAUGGACGCAUUAGAUGCCAAUGCAGUGUCUGCUGAUGCAGACAUCCAGAAGAAGCAUUGGAAACGCAUUGCGGUGACGACUUGUGAGACAGCGUUAGAGGACAACGACUGCCAUUUGAUUUACCAUUACGACCUGCAAAAGCGUCUCAUCAAGCUCGAGAAGCAGCUCCGUAUCCCGAGACGACUUCAGCAUGACUUCGGCCACGUGCGUCUCCAGAAGCCACUAGAGCACACUGUUGAGGGUAUCCAGGUGAAGAAAGAAGACCGCCAAGGCAGGAAUGGCCGACAAGCGAGCACGAAGACGAUUUGGGUCGACGAGCUAGAGGAUGGCGGCGAAUGCAGCGUUGAAGAGAUGUGCCUCAGUUGGUACCGAAGCCAAGGCUACAAAGGGUACCACGCUGAGGGAGGCAUCGUGCGCACCCUUUUCGCCUAUCUCUUCUACGACAUUUUGUUUCUUUACAUCCCAAACGUAUUCCAGACAGCUUAUCAGACAUGUCCCUUGGACCUGCACACGGAUUCGUUCUAUCCGACGCGGUUGUCCGAGAUUAAUCACCGACUAGUUGAGAUAGGCAACGGCGGUGCGGAAAGCAUCAUCCGAGAGGUCGACGCCAGAGAACGCCAACGACGCACGUGUGUUAUCGGCCUCAACUGGGACUACGACGUCGAGGAUCUUGUGGAGCUGGUCGGGUGCUUCGAUGGUAGCGCACUGGCCGCUCUCUGCAAGGUGAUGGCACAGGAGUACCGACAGCGGGGCGGAGGCUUGCCCGACCUGAUUCUAUGGCGGACGGAGCCGAAAAAGGAAUGUAUGUUCGCCGAGGUCAAAAGCGCCAAUGACCGUCUCAGUGACACUCAGAGAUUAUGGAUCCACGUUCUCACGAGUGCAGGCGUGAAGGUGGUACUUUGCAACGCCGUGGCUAAAGAAGUCAAAGCUAUGGACUGA